AAUAUUUCAAACGUGGAAUGUAUAUCAUCUAUUAUUAAUAUUAGAGGAUAAAUCUCCCGCCGAAUAUAUAUAGCCGUUAUUAUUAAUAUAUAUACUUACUUAUUUAAUGUAUUGCGAUUCGUAUAUAUUUUAUUUAGGUUUUACCACGCUUCAGUUUGAUUUGAAAUAGGAACAAAAUAUUUUUGCUUUAUAUUUGCUUUGAUACUUGCGAUGGAUUAGCCGUCGCUUACGAGUCGCGGAAAUUAUUAACAAUUGUGCAGGUUAAUUUUAAUAAUUUUAAGUAACAAGAUUGCGCUUUCUAAAAGAUACACGAUAUAUGUAUACAGACUACUACUUACUCGCUUGAAUCUCGCCGCGCGAUUAGCGCGAAUAACACACGACGCGUCCGCGUGUAUGUAAAAAUAACAGCGUUGCCGUCGCCGUCGUCGUCGCAAGGCAAAGGCCGAACACAGUCUAAUAUUUUCGUUGCUGCUACGAAAUAUUUUACGUAUUAUGAUAUAUAUUCAUGGGUGUAAUAUUCCAUCUCUUUUUAAUUACCUGUAUAGUUUUUAAUUUUAUUGAUAGACGGUUGAUGUAUCAUGACUUUUCUUUACUUCCAUUAUUCGAUUCUUAUAAUGGGCGCGUUCAAGAGACACAACCAUUGAGCAUCGUCUUAUCAAUACUCGACGUUUAUUUGUUGGUUCUAGAAGUAGAAUCUAGAAGAACCAAUCACGUUCGAUUGCUAUUCAACGAUUGUGUCUCCUGAACGCACUCUAUUAAAAUCAGCGACAUUCAAAACGAAAUAUAUGUAUACGAAAGCAUUGUCAAAGAAAUAUUUCUCGCUUGAAAAGAUCGCAAUGAAAUAUGUAGUUAUUUAUAAUAUAUAGAAGUCUGUAUAUAUGAUUAAUUAAUCAAAUAAUUAUAAACUAGUAAUUAUAAACUACAUAACAUACUGGAAGGAAAAAAGUGCUAAGAGAUUCGGACAUCCUAUCCAUAGGGUAAAGUUGAUCUGUAAACCCUCCAUUGUCAAUAUCGACAGCUAACGCUUCAUCGAUGUAUUUUAUUAUGUCCAUGAUACUUGUCAUGACAGGUACUGGCACUGGCAGUCUACAUACAUACAUAUAUCAGAAUCUGUUAGAAUGCACUGAACCAUAGAUAACCACAUCUGUACACUGAACACACACAAUUACUAUGACUAAUGCGUACGUCACGCUCUGUCACACAUAUGUUAGAUUUUACAUUCUUUUCUUCGAGACCUGAUGCGCACAAUCAAGCUAGAGGCGUAUAAUCACGAAUGAAGUGAAAAUAAGCGACGACGAAAAUGAUGAGUGACAUGGGAGAAACAGAAACGGCAGAAAUUCAAUUGAAAACCGAGACGGAAGUGAGCGAAGAAACAAUAUAUUUCUCAAAAGCAGCAGGAAAGUUGGCCGAAGGUCUCUUGAGUAUUUGUCAGCCUCCGUUGGAACAAGUUAGGAAAGAACUUUUUGAACUUACAAGUAAACAAGAAGCUUUGCUCGCUCAAAUGCAACUUGAAAAUAAAAAGAUACACGAGACAUUUGAAGAUAUAGAUUUAAAUGAUAUGUUCGCAGCUGUUAAAGUUUACCAAGGAAAAUUAGCAUUGAUAAGAAAGGAAAUGAUUAAUAUUCACGAAAGGACUUACAAAUUAAAGAAACGCGCGUUACGUUUACAACAGAUAAAGCAAAAGGAAGCGUUAAAUAAAGAACAACAACGCGAGCAAGAGUUGCGCAGGGAACAGGAACUGAUAGUUUUUGAUCAGUAUCAAAAGGCGCGAUUACUCUUUGUACAAUCUGUAGCGGAUUUAUCCUCGAAACCUAAUAAUAUCGAUUGCUUAGAAGCGGCAGGUGUGAUAGAUCUAUUGCGUCCUUUAUUACUGGAUGCUGUACCAUCUAUUCAACAUAUGGCAGCAUUCGCUUUCGGCAAGUUAGCGAAUCAUAAUUCCAGACUAGCACAUGCUGUUGUUAGAAGAGAUAUAUUGUCACAGUUGCUGAAGAACAUAGACAAACAAAAUAAAUUUUACAAGAAAGCAGCACUCUUUGUGUUGCGGGCGAUAGCAAAACAUUCACCAGAGUUGGCAUUAAUAGUAGUGGACAAUGAUGGUUUGCAGACUAUAGUUGAAUGUUUGGAAGAUUUUGAUCCCCAAGUGAAGGAAGCGGCUGCUUGGGCACUAGGAUAUAUCGCAAGACACAACAAGAGUUUGGCUCAAACAGCAAUAGAAGCUGGCGCAGUGUCACUUCUUGUACUGUGUUUACAAGAACCCGAAUUGUAUAUUAAACAAAUCGGCGCGUCGGCUAUUAGUGACAUAAGUAAACACAGUACUGAACUCGCACAAGCGGUAGUGGACACAGGUGCAAUCGCCUUCCUCGCGAAAACCUUGACUAAUCCUGAUGCCAAAGCAAAACGUCAGGUAUUGUUAGCAUUGAGCAAUAUAGCCAAACAUUCUGUGGAAUUAGCAGAGGCUGUGAUCGAAGCAGAAAUCUUUCCUGAUGUUUUAAUGCACAUGGCGCAUCCGGAUGAGAAUGUCGGUAGAGUUGCUGCAAUUUUAACCAGAGAAAUCUGCAAACACACGUUGGAGUUGGCACAACUUACAGCAAACAUUGGAGGUAUCGCUGCACUUAUCGAAUUAAUUAACAUCUCCAAAUCGACGACUAGACUGCCCGCGAUCAUGGCACUUGGUUAUAUCGCUGGUCACUCUGAUCAAUUGGCUGUAGCUGUAAUAGGAUCUAAAGGUAUCGUACAAUUGGCGAUUGUCUUGCAAGAAGAAACAGAAGAUCAUAUCCUUGCGGUGACCGUAUGGGCGAUUGGACAAAUCGGCAAGCAUACAGCCGAACAUGCAAAAGCAGUUGCAGUCGCGAAUAUACUAUCCAGAUUACUGAAGCUGUAUAGCGAUCCGAAAAGUUCCGAAGAUCUCAGGGCAAAAUGUAACACAACAUUAAAGCAAGUUCUGCAAAAAUGCAUGUACAUCGAAGCUCUUGAACCUUUAUUACAUGACGUACCUCUUAAUAUCUUGAAAUAUGUACUGGGACAAUUCAGCAAGAUUUUGCCGAAUGAUGCGAAAGCAAGAAGGCUAUUUGUAACAUCUGGUGGCUUGAAAAAAGUACAAGAGAUUCAAGCUGAACCUGGCACCACACUCUCAGAAUAUAUAACAAUUAUCAAUUGCUGUUUCCCAGAGGAAAUUGUCAGAUACUAUUCGCCCGGUUAUCCGGAUAGCCUCUUGGAAGCUGUGGAGCAGUACCAGCCGAAAUGUCUUUUUGUAUUUGAUCAUAAAUCAUUAUCCGAACACACGGAUUCUAAUCUGCCUGCGUCACUUUAUAACGAUGAGGGAUGAUUCUAAAUUAUUAUCAAUGUCUUUUGUUUGGAUAGCG